UCCCAGUGCAAAGUCAACAUAACACAGCAAACGUACAACAAUUAUUAACAUUUUCUGGGGCCCUCAUGAGGCUGGGGAGUCAGUCGGUGGAGGAGAGGAGCUCCGGGAGCAGGCUCAACUUUCCCCGGGACACACUUCGGCGCCAUGACUCUCUACCACGGCCGUCUGUCGUCGCUCGGAGUGCCGUCCUCGGCUCUGAGCCUCUCCGGUCCCCCGCUCAUCUACUUGUACGGAGGGGACAGCGGAGGGGUGAUGUCGGCGGGUUUGAGCUUCGUGCCGGCCCGCCAGGAGCCUCCACAGAAGCCGCCCUACAGUUACAUCGCGCUUAUCGCCAUGGCCAUCAAGAGCGCACCGGAGCAGCGCGCAACGCUCAGCGGCAUAUACCAGUUCAUCAUGGACAGGUUCCCCUUUUAUCACGACAACAAGCAGGGCUGGCAGAACUCCAUCCGCCACAACCUCUCCCUGAACGACUGCUUCAUCAAGGUGCCUAGAGAAAAGGGCCGGCCCGGCAAAGGCAGCUACUGGACGCUGGAUACCAAGUGCCUGGAUAUGUUUGAGAACGGCAACUACCGCCGGAGGAAGAGGAAGGCAAGGAGCCAGCAGGAGGCUGUGGACUCCAAAGCCACUCCACACAGGCGCACCAAGGGCCCGGGGCCAUCCAGGGACCCUCAAUCCUCUCUGAAACAUCAGGCUGGCUCGGGGAUAGCGGAGGUGCCAGCGAGGCGGGAUGCGGAGAGGAUGGAGACACCGCCAGACACUAAAGCUGUUCUAGUCGAACAGCCGCAAAAUCCCCCCAUACAGAGACUUAAAGUAUCCCCCAACCAAGACACCCUUGCGUCCACCGGAAGGAGGCUUGACACCCCCGGGCCUGAGCCAUGUCCCCCUCCGAGACACGCUCCGUUGUGGAUGGACGGUGCGCAUCUCCCUGACGCGUCCCUCCGCCGGGAGCCAGAGGAGAGGAGGUCAGCGUUCAGCGGAAGAGAAAGAGAGAGAGGUCCGCUCUGCGCCGUCAGCUGCGCAGGAAACACAAACUUGGCAAACAGACCCAAAGGAAAUGUUCCGAGCAGGGAUAAAUUGAAAGGUUUUAGCAUCGAGAGUAUCUUAUCAAAAAGUGAAGACGAAAUGCGCGGCAGCAUCCGCGGUUUGACAACGGAGACAGAGCGCCAGAGCCCCUCUUUCAGUUCUUCUGUGGUCCUCGGAGCUCGACCGCAUCAGUUGUACCAGAUGGGAUUCCCCUUCUGCUCUUACAUGUCACUCACAUACCCUGAUAAAGUACUGCAUUUGAAAUAAGUACAGUUAUGUAUUGGAUGUGUUUUACGCACAGAUGCGUAAAAGAGUAACGUCUGUAAUUAGCUUUGCAUGAUGCGUUACUGUGAGACAGCUUACUGUUCUGCUCUUUUCAGCCGCUCCGUCAUCUUCAUCAUGUACAGUAAUGUUCAGACAGUGACAAGGAACAGCAGGGAAGCCUUUACAUUCAUUUUUACGCAUGCGCAAUUGUCAGAUUUUUGGUUAUUUUUUUACCAGUUUCCCAAACUGUUGCUCCUCAAAGUAUACGGCUGCGCAAUGUAAUGCUUAAUACAACACAAAGGCAAAAGUAUAUAAGGAUGUUGUCAUUGUCACGUGAUCACGAGCAUUUCUCUCUUCAUUCACGACGAUGGAAACCAUUAGAGUGAAUGUGUUUGCGGAAUUCAGUGAAGAAUCUUGAAUGUGACGGCCUGUGUAGCCUAUACAGUAUAUUGGAUCUCUGAGGAAGCCGUACAUACCAGAAUAAGUUUAGUACUCAGUAAUGUAAUCAAAUGCUAUUUUAAAUUCCACUUGCUCUGAAUUUCACGUGCAAAAUAAAGUUUAGUUUGGUAAUAAAA